ACCUUGGUUCUGUCCCACCUCACUGAGAUCCACUGUAAAUAUAAAUGAGGUGUUGUUGGGGGAGGUACCAUAAGACAGAAAAACUUUGAAACAAAAACAUUAGGGACUAGAGAUCCAGACCGUCUAUGCCAAGCAAGAGACACAACACACAAUCGUAAAGAUGGGAGACCCGAUCCAGUUAAAAGAUGAGGGAAACAAACACUUCCAGGCAGGAGAAACAGACAAGGCUAUUGAGUGCUACACUAAAGCCAUAAAGGCGUGCAAGGACAAAAACGUGCUUGCUGUCAUUUACAGGAACAGAUCUGCAUGCUACCUAAAACAGGAAAGCUAUGCCAAUGCAGCAUCUGAUGCAUCUAAAGCAAUUGAUGUUGAUGCAGCAGAUAUUAAAGCCUUGUACCGGCGUUGCCAAGCUCUGGAGAAACUAGGAAAACUGGACAUGGCCUUCAAAGAUGUGCAGAGAUGUGCCACCAUCGAACCAAAGAAUAAGACCUUCCUGGAGACUCUCCGCAGGCUAGGAGCAGACAUCCAGGCCAAGCUCAAGACAACAUUCUCCACAGAUUCGAGGGUACAGAACAUGUUUGACAUUCUCCUUGAUGACGAAAUGGAAACGGAAAAGAGGGAAAGAGCUGCCAACAACCUGAUUGUGCUGUCAAGAGAGGAUGCCGGAGCAGAGAGAAUCUUCCAGAAUAAUGGAGUGCCUCUGUUGCUCAACAUGAUAGAGUCAGGCAAACGAGAAAUGAUCCUGGCUGCUGUUCGUACAUUGUCAGGAAUGUGCACAGGACACAAAGCACGGGCCAUGGCCAUUAUUCAGAUGGUGGGCGUUGAUAAGAUGUGCAGCAUCAUGGCUGUUGACAAUGAGGAGAUCGCACUGGCAACCUGCAACCUCUUCCAGUGCAUCAAUGACUCCCUCACUGGUGGAGAUAAAAGGGAAUAUGGGAAAGAAGAGGCCUUGGUUUUGGAUGCAUCUAAAGACCUAAAGACCAUCCUCCUCUCUCUGUUGGAGAUGGUUGCUAAUAAGAAAGUGCCUGGCCAUGGCAGAGACCAGGCACUUAACCUCCUGAGCAGGAACGUACCUCGCACUACCAAGAAAGCGAAAGACAACUCCAGGACCCUCUUCACUAUUGACCAUGGUCUGAAGAAGAUCCUGAAGGUGUGUGGUCAGGUUCCCGAACUGCCAGACCAGCUGCCCAUGACAGAGAACACACAGCUGAUUGCCAGCGUGCUUCUCGACAAGCUCUAUGACGACCUCAUAUGUGACCCAGAGAGAAACAACUUCAGGGACAUUUGUGAUGAAUAUAUCAAAUCCAAAAUUGACCCCAAUGACAUGGACAAGACCAUUCAUGCUGUCAACACUAUCUCAGGGCUGCUUCAGGGUCCGUUUGAUGUUGGUAAUGCCCUGGUUGGACGGCAAGGCAUAAUGGAGAUGAUGGUGGCACUUUGUGGCUCUGAACGUGAGGUGGACCAGAUGGUGGCUGUGGAGGCGCUGAUCCAUUCCUCCUCGAAGAUGAGCCGCGCCUCCUUCAUCAUCACCAAUGGGGUGUCACUACUUAAGGACAUCUACAAGAAGACCAAGAACGAGAAGAUUAAAAUCCGUGCGCUGGUGGGUCUCUGUAAACUGGGUUCAGCUGGAGGGGAUGAUUACGCUUUAAGGCAGUUUGCAGAGGGCUCCACAGAGAAGCUGGCCAAGCAGUGCAGAAAGUGGCUCUGUAAUCCCCAGAUUGAUACAAAAACAAGGAAGUGGGCUAUCGAGGGUCUAGCUUAUCUGACUAAUGAUGCUGACGUGAAAGAUGACUUUGUUGAGGAUGAGCCUGCCCUGAAAGCCAUGUUUGAACUAGCCAAAUCUACAGAUAAGACAAUUAUAUAUGCGGUUGCUUGCACCCUGGUUAACUGCACCAACAGCUAUGAAAAGAAAGAAAUCAUGCCUGAGCUUGUUCAACUUGCCAAGUUCUCAAAGCAGCACGUGCCUGAGCAGCACCCCAAGGACAAGAAGGACUUUAUUGACAAGAGAGUGAAAAGGCUGCUGAAGGCUGGAAUCACUUCAGCUCUUGCUGUCAUGGUGAAAGCUGACAGCACCAUCCUGACCAACCAGACCAAGGAGAUGCUGGCAAGGGUAUUCUUGGCAUUGUCACAGGAUCCCAAAGAUCGUGGUAUAAUUGUAGCCCAGGGUGGGGGAAAGGCUUUGAUACCACUUGCUCUGGAAGGGACAGAUGCUGGAAAGACGAGGGCCAGCCACGCCCUUGCCAAGAUUGCAGCUAUUUCCAACCCAGAAAUCGCCUUCCCUGGUGAGAGGGUGUAUGAGGUGGUGCGACCUUUAGUUAGCCUCCUCCAAACAGACAAAGACGGAAUGCAGAACUACGAAGCUCUGAAAGGCCUCACCAACUUGGCUGGUUUCAGUGAAAAACUAAGAGUAAAGAUUUUGAAAGAGAAAGCUCUGCCAGAGAUCGAGAACUACAUGUUUGAGGAUCAUGACCAGAUCAGACAGGCUGCCACUGAAUGCAUGUGCAACCUUGUUACAUGUAAACAGGUCCAAGACCGUUAUCUGGAAGAUGGCAAUGAUAAGCUGAAGCUAAUGAUACUGCUAUGUGGCGAGGAUGACGACAAUCUUCAGAUAGCUGCAGCUGGAGCUCUCGCCAUGCUUACUGCUGCUGAGAAGAAGCUCUGCAACAAACUGACCCUGGUGACCACCCAGUGGCUGGAGAUCCUGCAGAGGUUGUGUCUCCAUACCAACCCUAAUGUUCAGCAUCGUGGCCUUGUGAUUGUCUACAACUUGCUCAACUCAGACGACAGUGAGCUGGCCAAGAAGCUGAUCGAGAGUGAGCUGCUGGAAAUCCUCACAGUGAUUGGCAAGGCGGAGGACAAUCCCAGGAGACAGGGGGCCAUCGAUGCAGCACGCACAUGCCUGGUCAGAGCUAUGGAUCUUGGUCUCAUCAAACCGUUCACGAGCCCUUCUUAAACUGCUGACAACAAGAAAAACAACAACAAUGGACAUCCUUCUUUAUUUCCUUUAAAUACACACUUGUUUUCCCCCACAUCAAAGAUAUGAAAUAAUUCUCCAACCUGACUUCAAAUCUCUUAAAUAAUCUCUCACAAUAUAAAUCAGCGUUUUUUUUUUUUUUUUUUUACAUAAGCUGUUUGGGGCUUUUGUAGUAGAAUAAGAAGGGGAUUUUUCCAUCAGGAAGCAUCUCUUCUUUGUUUUGAGAAGAAGAAAUGUAUUAUUUAUAUUUGUGCUGUGAAUUAAUGUUUAAAGACUGACAAUUUUACAUGUGUUUUUUCCACUGUUUUUCUUAGAAGGGACACAUUUCCAUAAACAGAAAUAUAAGACAGCCCAGCUUGUGACUUGACUCAGCACAUGGUGGAAAUAUUGCUUUGCAGAUGAAUACAUGAAAGGCAAUUGCAUAAUUGUUUUUAUGACCAAAUGCAAAACAUGCAGAGUUUGAAAAAAAACUAAAAAUAGCUGAGCUAAGUAAAGUACUACAUUGAUUAAACCCA